CUAAACUAGUAUAGAGUUAGAAUGAAAGCAUUUGGUACAUCCUAAUUCCCACAACCUUCUCAACCGUGAUAAAGUUUCUUUUAUUAAUUCUUUACACCCAAGUAAUUUUAAUUUUAUCCCAAUCACUCCUCUAAAUAUGCCACCGCCACUCCAUUCGGCUCGACACGGCUCAUGUAAAAACCAGCUAAGUUUUCUUUUUGGCGGCAAAUCCACAACAACAGCCUCGGUUUUUUCUUUUUAUUUUUUUUUCUCAGUGGAAUUUCAGUUAUUCAUGCCCUAACUCCCAAAAUUCUACUACACUUCCCCAAUUCUAUUUCCUUAAUUUCUGGGGUUUGUUUUAGCAUUCUCAUUUAUCAAUGUCUAAUUCCUCUGAAUAACACUUAAAAUGGAAAUAUCAAAUUCUCCAAUUAUAAAACCCAUAAACAAAGGCGUAGUACACAGGAUCUGCGCCGGUCAAGUAAUUUUAGACCUUUCGUCAGCCGUCAAGGAGCUAGUCGAGAAUAGCUUAGACGCAGGCGCUACCAGCAUUGAGAUCUCUUUAAAAGACUACGGCGAGGAUUCUUUUCAGGUCAUCGAUAAUGGAUGCGGCGUUUCUCCAAAUAAUUUUAAAGUUCUUGCAUUGAAGCAUCAUACAUCAAAAUUAGCAGAUUUUCCCGACCUUCAAUCACUGACUACGUUUGGCUUUAGAGGAGAGGCAUUGAGUUCGCUUUGUGCGUUAGGAGAAUUAACUGUUGAAACAAGAACUAAAAACGAGUCGGUAGCAACUCACUUAAGUUAUGAUCGUUCAGGUUUAUUAACAGCUGAAAAGAAAACAGCACGCCAAAUUGGUACAACUGUUACUGUUAAGAAGUUGUUCUCUAAUUUGCCCGUACGGAGCAAAGAAUUUAGCCGAAACAUACGCAAGGAAUAUGGAAAGCUUAUUUCUUUAUUAAAUGCCUAUGCACUUAUUGCAAAAGGUGUUCGGUUACUCUGUACUAAUACAACUGGUAGGAAUGCGAAGAUUGUUGUCCUUAAAACACAAGGAACUGAUUCUCUUAAGGAUAAUAUCAUAACAGUAUUUGGCAUGAGUACUUUCAGCUGCUUAGAGCCUGUUAGUAUAUGCAUAUCAGACUGUUGCAAAGUUGAUGGCUUCCUUUCUAAGCCUGGACAAGGUAGCGGCCGCAAUUUGGGAGAUAGGCAAUACUAUUUUGUAAAUGGUCGACCUGUGGAUAUGCCUAAAGUCACCAAGCUUGUGAACGAGUUAUAUAGAGGUGCAAACUCUCGGCAAUAUCCUAUAGCAAUCAUGAAUUUCAUAGUUCCAACUAGAGCAUGCGAUGUGAAUGUAACUCCGGAUAAAAGAAAAAUUUUCUUCUCCGAUGAGACCUCCAUAUUGCAUGCUCUAAGGGAGGGUUUACAGAAUAUAUAUUCCCCAAGUAAUGCCUCUUAUUCUGUCAAUAAGUUUGAGGAACGUAUAAAGGCAGCCAGUAACUCUCAGUCAUGUUCCCCUCAUGAGAAAUCUCUUGUGUUGUCCAAACAGCUAUCUGCAGUUAGUAAUGAUGCUGAAGAAAUUCUCGUCGAAGAGCAUACUUCAGAUGGCAGCAAUCUACUCCAAACAGUUAAAAUGAAAUCUCAUCCCUCAAAUGUCGGAGAAAAUAGGGAUGAAAAACGCAUUUCAAAGGACUUCACUCUAAGAGUACAUGACAUUCCAAAGGUUUAUAGUUUUCCGAACAGCAACAAUAGGCAACUUACUACUCUGCAUGAUACUCUAACUGAUCAAAAUACUCCUUCCCCUUCAAGAGUGGUUGCGAAAAAUAUUGCUGAAAGUAGAGGUUCUAAUAGUUCAUCACGUUCUGUUCAGUCAACUAUUAGCAAAUUUGUAACUGUAAGUAAGAGAAAGCAUGACGAUAUUAGUACAACAACACUAUCUGAAAUUCCUAUUCUAAGAAAUCAAACUCUUCAAAGACCAUUGAAUAAAAGCAACUCUGAGGUGAAUGCUGCAGUUACGGGUUCUCCAUUUAAUCAUCACCACAUUGAUGAUUCUUUAGAGGUGAGUGAUAUUGAAGUAUCCAAGUUUCCAACAGCAGAAAAGAUCUUCAGUAAAGUCAGAAAUUCUGCAUCUUAUAGAGGGCAUACCAAUGAUGGAAAACCUAAAGAUGAACUGCUGGGCAACAAAAAAGAAACACCUCCGGCUGAUGCCAUGCCAAUUGCUUCUUCUAAGGGUCUGGAGAAAACAUUUGAGGAUCUUACGGAUUCAGAAGGUGCAGAAAAACUAUCAUUUAUUGCUGAUGUUGCACCAGAUACUUCUCCCAGCAGGGGCCUUGAAAAUAUGUCUGAGGAUCUUAUUCUGACAGCUCCUCCAUUGCAAUCUUCUAGUGCUCUUUUAGAUGUGCCAAAGCCUUCUGCCCAUGAAAUAUGCUCCACCUUGCAGUUUAAUUUCCAAGAACUAAAGGCAAAAAGACAGCAGAGACGGUCGAUAUUACAGUUCAGUGGUUAUGCAUCUGGAGGCAUGAAGAUGAAAAGUCAUAGGACCUAUGCUGCAGCAACACUAGAGCUUUCUCAGCCAGAUAAUGAAGAGCGGAAAGCAAGAGCUUUGGCGGCAGCUACUACUGAAUUAGAAAGAAUUUUCAGAAAACAAGACUUCGGAAGAAUGAAGGUGAUUGGCCAAUUUAAUCUCGGAUUCAUUAUUGGGAAGUUAGAUCAAGAUUUAUUCAUCGUGGAUCAGCAUGCUGCUGAUGAGAAAUACAAUUUUGAGCAUUUGUGUCAGUCAACAAUCUUGAACCAACAGCCUUUAUUGCGGUCAUUGAGGUUGGAAUUAUCUCCAGAGGAGGAAGUAGUUGCUUCAAUGAAUAUGGAGUUAAUCAGGAAGAAUGGAUUUGCAUUGGAAGAGGAUCCACAUGCACCUCCUGGACACCGAUUUAAACUAAAAGCUGUUCCCUUCAGUAAGAACAUAACUUUUGGAGUUGAAGAUGUAAAAGACCUGAUCUCUACUCUUGCUGAUAGUCAAGGAGACUGCUCGAUAAUUGGUAGUUACAAGAUGGACAAAUCUGAUUCGGUCUGCCCAUCAAGAGUUCGCACAAUGCUGGCAUCACGGGCUUGCAGGUCUUCUGUUAUGAUUGGAGACCCACUGGGAAGGAAUGAGAUGCAGAAGAUACUUGAGCAUUUAGCAGACCUGAAUUCACCUUGGAAUUGUCCCCAUGGGAGGCCAACUAUGCGCCAUUUGGUUGACAUGACAUCCAUUUACAAAAGAUCAUAUGAAAAUGAUUUGAGCUUGUGAUGGACCAUCACAUGAUAGUCGCUAGCACCAGUGCCUAACUUAUUGUAUAUGCACAGCAGAUUGUUUUGUUUUGUUUUGUUUUUUUUUUUUUCAGAACAAGACCAGCCGAUAUUUUUGCGAUCCAGAAGUUGCAUUCUUUUCUAUUUUGAUAGACUAAACUGAUGUAAAAGAUGAGUAUGUCUUGAUUAAGGAGCCCAAAUCUCGAUUCACUCUAAA